AUGCAACUCUGCUAUAGUUGCCAGCAUGCAUUUCCAGUCUCCACACUUUCUCCUUGCGUCUUUAGUGACAUAAUCUCCCACCGCUUCGAGGAAGUGCACAGAAUCGUGAGUGAGAUGGAGAAGAGAACUCCAGAGGAAAACCACAAGGUUGUAAGACUGCAGGCUGCACUACGUGAGCUUUGCUCAGCAGUAGACCAAGAGAUAGGCGCCCUGAAGGAGUGUAAGGCGAAUCUCGAAGCUGCAAGGCAGCGAGAUCGACAAGAACGUGAGUUGGGUACGCAAUCCUGUCCAGUAACUGCACAUGGAAAUAAUACUACUAUGAAUACGCAAACUGCAAUACAUAGUCCUACUCGGCCUAGUCAUACUAGUUUCAGUCCCAGAGCGACUUUCAAUGGAACAGUACCGGUAUAUAAACUACGCAGGAUGAACUCUGCGUUAGAACUGGUGUCUGCCAGCAUAUAUUCCGUUUUAGAAAGUUUGGCAAUUCGUACUAGAGCAGCUGUUGCAUUGUUAUGGUUGCCACCACCAGGCGUUGUAUCUACUGAACUUGUGGCACCCUUUGUGGUAGGAAGAGAUAUAUCCAAACUCCGUAACUCUGCCCCAUACCGUGUAUCUGAGACAUCCGUCCCAUGUGCUGUAAGUGAGACAGGAAUUGCAGUAAACCUUAAACCAAAACUAGGGAUGAAUGAACCUAGAUUAUCAGAAAAUGCCCCAUUAAUGGAUUUAAUUGAUUCAUCUAAUGCUGCACAACUUCUUGUUCCAGUAUACACACGAUACGGAGAAGUUCAACGAUCGGUCCUUGGUGUGGUACAUCUUAUUGGGACCCCAAUGUUUCCAUCUCCUUUUAAUGCCCGAAAUGAAGAAAUGGCAGUACAGACUGCUUCAACACUCUCUAUUAUAUUAUCUUCUUAUCAUGAGACAAUGGGUGGAGAGUGGGCAAAUCGCAUUUAUGACCCAUCACUUUUAAUCAGUGCUUCUGCCUAUCAAAGUACUCUUGAUAUGCGAAGUAGUCAAAAGGCGUUGGAUGACUUUGCUCCACCAUCGACCCUUAUAUUCCGCUGUGUUAAUGAGCGAAAGGAGGACGAAGAUGCCCGUGAGGUGAUAAAAGCGCUACGACAUGCCAUGGUAAAGCGUGCAACUCCCAAAAAAGCAGUCUGGUCUAUCAAAGAUUUACAUCGAUUUGCUACAAACAUGGAAAAUAACUGGGUAACUGCUCUAAAGAGUAAUAGUGAAAUGGAGAGACGAAUGGCUACCCUAGAAGAAAAAGCUCUGCGUGUUGAAUUAGAAAAGGGUCGACCAGCUACAGUAUCCUCUUUAGGACAGGCUUCCAACUGCUUUUCUGAAUCUCACGCUCAGCAACUACCAUCUGCUGGGUGUUCUAGUCCAUUAUCUGGUACUUUGCCCUCAGUGGUUGACAGGAAAGCUGUUUUGAAAGCAGAACAAAUUGAGGAAAUUGAGAUCACUGCCUUGCGACGUUUACAUAGCAUGGGAGUUGACACGACACCCUUUCUGACACAAAGGGAAGUUGAUAAUGUAUGA